UUGUGUUCUUUGACUUGUUGCACACAGAUGGGAGUGAUUAAUAGAUGUACUUGCCUGUGAAAUUAAUUGCAGAUACUAAUGUGGUUCUGUGCAGGGUAAGUUUUGGGAGAUCGAUAAUCCUUUUUGUGUAGGAAUUUCAUGUCCUUUGUGUUUGUGGGAACUUAACCGUUUGUUUCCCUUUCUUACGGAGUAUGAUUUUUUAUUCUGGUUUUUGUUUUUGUUGUGUUCUGUGUGUUCAUCAAAAUUCACCGGUUUUCUCUUGACAAUUGCUGGAAUCUCUCUACGAAAUUUAUGAAGUAUUCUCUUAGACAUUUGCUGGAGUCUCUCUAUGAAACUUGCUAUGUUUUUUGGAAUGUUUUUUGGGUCAUAAAUCCAUCACCCAAGAAAUUGUUGCAUGAGCUUUUAGUUUGGUAUUUUUCCAAAAGUUUCGGAGAUACUGUCGUUCAGUUCGAAAAUUUGGAAAGUUGAAUUCCAAUAUAUUUUCCUUUGAGAGAUGAAAAGCAAAAAAAAAAAAGUGUGGUUUACUGGCCCAAUAUUUAUCAGUAAUUUAAACAGGAUUUAAAUUUUUUAUAUUUGUCUAUUUGCUUUGAGACUGUUUCUAAGAGUAAAACAGUGUUUACCAAGCUCUACCCAGGCUCAAACUUUUGACCUUCAUCUUUGGCUUGAUGAUUUUAAAUUGGAAAGUAUUGCAAAUAAAGUCGGCCUAUAUAGGAAUUAAGAAGCUACCCUGUUGUAUUUUUAUCGUUGAACACUAUCACUUUUUGACCCUUUUUUUGACGAGAAUACAGUAAGUGAAGUUUCUCGUUUAAAUUAUGAGUGAUUGGUAUUUAAUACUGUUUUACCCUUGAGCUUUGAAGAGACUUCACACGACUUUUGUGCCUCAGUCGGACGCCUUGGUGCCAGUCUGCAACGGUAAUAUUGAUCAUUACCUGAUUGAGUUUUGAGGUGUUUGGAGGAGAUUUGACCGAUCUAGUGCACUUAAAUUGUCGAGGAAAGUAUGAUGUUCAAAGAUAAUCUGAUAAUGGCGUUUAGACAGGUCGGGACCAAGAACUCGGCCCAGUGAUAAUAGUACGCCAAAUUUUGGCGGCGCCGGCCCCGAGUGAGCUCAGAGGACGAGUAAGACGACGACGACGACGACGACGACGACGAGGGAAGCAAAACCCUUGGCUGAACCCUAAAAAAUUUGUACGAUGCUCAACACCAGUCGCCGUCGCCUCCUCCGACCCCCAUCUCCUCGUGGCCUCGUCUUCUUCCUCCUCCCCCGUACGAACCCUUCCCCUCCCAAAUCCCUCUCCCUAUCCUCCUCCGUCGCCCCCUUCUCCCAAACCCUAACCUUCCUCAUCGACUCCUGCGGCUUGUCCCCCGAAUCCGCCAUUUCCGCGUCCCAGAAGCUCCACCUCAAGAGCACCGAGAACCCUAACGCCGUUCUCCGCCUCCUCCGGGACUACGGCUUCGGCGAGACCCACAUCUCCAAGCUCAUCUCCAGGCACCCGGCCGUGCUCUCCAGCGACCCCCACCGGAACCUCAAGCCCAAGCUCGAAUUCUUCCGCGGCUUCGGCUUCUCCGGCGAAUCCCUCGUGCGCAUCCUCACCUCGCAUCCCCUGCUGCUGAGGCGGAGCCUCGAGAACCACAUCAUCCCCUGCUUCACCUUCCUCCGCACCCUUCUCCCCGCCGUAGGCGACAUCGUCUUCGUCUUCACCCGCAGCCCCCAUAGCCUCAAUGCCGACCUCAACAAGUCCAUCUUGCCGAUCCUCGCCGUUCUCCGCGAGCAUAACCUGCCCGAGGAUAGGAUUUCAAAGUUGCUGAAGAUCCAGCCGGGAAUUCUCCUGCUCCCACCCCGCCGCGCGAAUGAGAUCGUCGAGGAGGUGAAGGCCGCCGGGAUCCCGACGUCCAAUCCGAUCUUCGUCUAUGCGUUCCACACGAUCGCCGGGCUGAAGAGGGUGAAUUGGGACCGGAAGAUGGCGGUUUACAAGAGCUUCGGCUUGUCGGAGGCGGAUAUCAUUUCGUCGUUCCAGAGGCAUCCUAUGAUCAUGAAGAUAUCUGAGGAGAAGAUUCGGCGUGGCCUCGAAUUUUUUCUCAAUAGGCUGAAGUUAAUUCCGGAUGAUAUUGCUAGGCAUCCGAUUCUCCUGCGGUUCAGCUUGGAGAAGAGGAUCCUUCCGAGGUGCGCGGUGAUGAGUGUUCUGAAGAGGAAGGGGAAGUUGAAAGAGAACUCGAGCGUGAUCCCAGCGCUGCUGGCGACCACGAGUUCGUUCUUGGAGAGAUAUGUGACGCGGUAUCAGGAUGAUGUUCCUGAGGUUCUCAAGGCUUAUAACGGCGAAAUCGAAUUCAAAGGAUGAUCGGGAAAUCGAUUAAAGUAAGAUGCUCUUGUUUCAUUGGAAUGAGAACUUAACUCUGUCAAAAUGCAAUGGUAGCAGUUGGAUCUCUUUAUAUAUCUCGGUGGAUCGGUAGCUUUACUUGGUAUAGUCGCCGACAAGCACCCUCAUGUGGAGGCGAGAGUUCUUUAAGCAUUCGCAUUUCGCGAGGAACUUGGUGGUUUCUUAUUAGAAGCUUAACAGUGCGUCUCUCUAUGUUUUCUACUUACUUUUUUUUCCGCCUCUUUCUAAACUUCAUGACACUCACAAUUGAUUAAACAAAUCAAAGGGAUCGAAACUUGUUAAGAAAAUGCAGUGAUAAAAUUCUACUUCAACGUGCUGCUGAUUAUUCGAGCCUUUUGUUUUAGAUGACAUUAGUGUUACAUUUAUGACAUGAUUGCAUGGAAUUUGUUAUUUAGUUUUGUUUU